CGACUCUACAACAAGUGUGUUCCUCGUCUCCCUCGGAAAAAAAGAGAGGGUAUUUGUCGUCCCCUUCUCGCUGAUUUUUCACCCCCAAAUCCUUCCCUUUUCCUCCUCGAAUCCGCCCUUCCCCUCUCAUCGUGAGGCGUCGCCUCCUCCCAGCCUCUGCUGCCGUGGAGCGGAGAUCCACCCGGACUUCGGAUUGAUUCCUUCUUUCGCCGCUGCGGUUGACCUAGAGUGCAAGAGUGGGGAACAGCUGACCUACAGUGACCAUGUCUGUGUCGGCUGGUGUUAGCGAUGUUGCCAUCACGGUGCGCGACAAGCUCCGGGGCAAGAUUGGCCAGACCAAGGUCAAGCGGUACUGGCCAGGAAAGGCACCUGAGUGGGCUGGUGAUGCUGAUGAGGACAUUGAUAUCCGGACGGCACGGGUCUCCCUCGAUAAGGCAUUCCCGAAGGAUGAGGAUGGUGAUGUCCUGGCAAAGGACGAUCGCCGGCUCCGGCGCCUUGCAGAGACCCGUGCGGAGAAUAAGGAGGAGCUGAGGGCAGAUCACCGCCGUAUACGGCAGGCAGAGAUUGUGUCAACUGUGGAGGAGGAGAAUGAGAGGCAGGAAGCUGACAUCGACAAGGAAGAUGAUGAGGCCCAGGAGGAGAGGAGGAGGAGGAUAAGGGAGAGGCAGCUCUUAAGGGAGCAAGAGGAGCUACUUCCUCAGGAAGAGGAGGAACCGGUGGAUGAGGAGGAGGAAGAGGAGGAAUCUGAGUAUGAGACGGACUCAGAAGAUGAGCAGGUGGGUAUGGCCAUGGUGAAGCCUGUGUUCAUACCAAAGUCGCAGCGAGACACCAUCGCAGAGCGUGAGCGGCUGGAGGAGGAGGAGCGACAGCUUGAGGAGCUGGUCAAGAAGAGGCUGGAAGCUAGGAAGAUUGAAACUAGGAAGAUUGUGGUGGAAGAGAUUAAGAAGGAGGAGCACAUUGAGAAGGCGCUGAAUGAGGAGGCUAACAUUGAGGAUGUUGAUACGGAUGAUGAGUUGAAUGAAGCAGAGGAGUAUGAGUCAUGGAAGAAUAGAGAAAUAGCAAGAAUUAAGAGGGACAGGGAGGAAAGAGAUGCAAGAUUGAAGGAGAAAGAGGAGAUUGAGAGGGUAAGGAAUAUGACCGAUGAAGAGCGUCGGGAAUGGGAGCGGAAGAAUCCAAAGCCGCUUCAUCAGACGAAACAGAAGUGGAAGUUUAUGCAGAAAUAUUACCACAAAGGUGCCUUCUUCCAGGAAGGCGCUGAUGAUGUUAUUCAGUCAGCUGGUAAAGAUAAUAUCUACAGCCGUGAUUUCUCUGAACCUACUGGAGAGGAUAAGAUGGACAAAAGCAUCUUGCCUAAGGUCAUGCAAGUUAAACACUUUGGGCGCAGUGGCAGAACAAAGUGGACACAUCUUGUUAAUGAGGAUACUACAGAUUGGAAUGCACCAUGGGCUACAAAUGGGCCUCUGCGAGCAAAGUAUAAUGCAAAAAUGGCAGGCAUGAACGCACCUAUUGCUAAACCAAAGGGAAGUAAGAAGAUGAAGGACUGGGAUGAAAAGUGAGAUGUGUAAGGUCUUUUUGCUGGCUGUGCUGGUACUAUUCUCAGCCACUAUGGCACUUACCUUCAGUAAAACACUUGGCUGCAUAAGUUGCCCUCUCAAUGAUCUUCUGCUCUGCCAAUUUGGCUGCAAAUUCUCACCAAUCUAUAACAUUUGCAGGGCUUCAGUCACAUAUAGAUCUUAAUCUCCCAAGAACGAAUAGUUUUGUUCAGAGAACAGUAUGGUUCAAGUCAGCUCAGGUUUUGUGUAACCCUGAAGAAUUUCAUGUAAUAUGUUUGCCCUUUGAUACAUUUUCUCUGAAAUCGUAGGAAGCCACUUGCUGGUGGACACCUUUAAAAGGGAGAUAUUAUUUAACGUGAAUCAACAUUAGCCACUGCCUAUUGGUUA